UUAAAGAGUACGGCCGGUGGUCGGCGUACGAAGGCUUCAAGAUUGCUCGAAAACCGUCGCGCGAGGUGCGCAGGAGUGGCAGAGCUGCGGAAAUAGGGGCUGCCGGCGUGAUGCAGCGGGUGGGCGCAGCCGGGGGGCCCGGGCCCAUCGGCUUUCAGGGCCCUCCGAGAUCGCUGAAAAUUUCACCGGUCAAUAUACAGGACGAGCCGGCCGAUCCCACGCAGAAAGGCAGCAGCUCGCUCUGCGUUGGCUGCGGUGGUCGAAUUCACGACCAGUGGAUUCUGAGGGUAGCACCUAAUCUGGAAUGGCACGCGGCGUGUUUAAAGUGUGCCGAGUGUCAACAGUUUCUGGACGAGAAAUGCACCUGUUUCGUGCGGGACGGCAAAACUUACUGCAAACGCGAUUACGUUAGAUUGUUCGGCACAAAGUGCGACAAGUGUAGCCGGUGUUUUAGCAAAAAUGACUAUGUGAUGAGAGCGAAAACUAAGAUCUAUCACGUGGAAUGCUUUCGUUGUUGCGCCUGCUCGAGGCGGCUCGAAACUGGCGAUGAGUUCGCUCUGAGACAGGACGGUCUCUUCUGUCGACUCGAUCACGAUGUCCUCGAGGGCGGAAAGCACUGCACCGGAGGUGUUGGUAUUCCCGGGAGCGAGAAUAACAAUAACGCCUCCCUGACGAACAACAAUCAUCAUCUACACCCAAACGACGGCUCGAUGUCAGAUUCCGGAUCUGAGAGCGGAUCACAUAAGGCAGGCGUCGGUGGCGUUCGCGGUUCCGGUGGCCACAAAAGUGGCGGAGGUUCCGACGGAAAGCCGACGAGAGUACGCACGGUUCUCAACGAAAAGCAGUUACACACCCUGAGAACCUGUUACGCGGCAAACCCUCGACCGGAUGCCCUGAUGAAGGAACAGCUCGUCGAAAUGACAGGGCUGAGUCCACGCGUGAUCAGGGUGUGGUUCCAGAAUAAGAGAUGCAAAGACAAGAAGAAGACGAUCGCCAUGAAGCAGCAAAUGCAAGAGAAGCGCUUUUUAUUUCAGGACGGGCGUAAAUUAGGCUUCGGCGGCAUGCAUGGCAUACCCAUGGUUGCCAGCAGCCCCGUGAGACACGAGAGUCCUAUUGGCAUGACGCCUCUGGAAGUUCAAGCUUAUCAACCACCAUGGAAAGCGCUUUCGGAGUUUGCGCUUCAUACAGACUUGGAACGACUGGAUCCUAAUGCACCAUCGUUCCAUCAUUUGGUGUCUCAGAUGCACGGCUAUGACUUGCAUGGGGGACCACCGCCGCAAUUGGCACCCCCGCCAGGAAUGCUUGGCGGACCGAUGAGCGACGGUGGAGGCGGACCGUUACCGCCUCCGGGGCCUCAUCAUCCAGGUGGUGGCGGGCCGGACAUGGGCCAGCAUCCCGACAGUACCGACAGCUACGUGACCUAUGUCGAGAGUGACAGUGACUCGUUUCACCACGAUACGGGAAGUCCAUAGUGUCGUGCAAGGCAUGAACGUAAAAUUACUACGCCCCCGUUGUCCUUCGCUUUCGUAACGACUCUCGUCAUGGUGCUCAUCAUAAUGGUGAGAUGCCUGCAACGGCGAAUAUGGAGCGGUUACGGAACUAGGGAACAUCGUGAUACAUAUGGAUAUAGGAGAAACAACUCAGAUACCAAAGGAUGCAUCGAUCUUUCGACGAUAAUUAAAUAGACUCGUACCGCACUAUUACCAAAAGUGGCUCGAAAACGACAAGUGAUGAAUAUACUGAAAAUGAACGGCGAAGGAAAGGAGGGGCAAUGUCGCUGUCUUGGACGUACAUGAAUAAUGUAUUUUCAUUUUAGUUAUAAAAUAAUUUCUUUGAAAUGACACAAAAGAAGUUUGCAAAAAUAACCGUCUAAUCAUUGAGCGUACAAAAGUUUCAAAAACCUUGAACAUCCUGUAUAUUAUCAGCUUAUUGAUAUAAAAUCGAAUUCUG